UCUCAAUGAGACUCCAAUAAGCGCAGCUGGGAGAGCCGCGAGUCCCAGCGUGGAGUGGAGUGGAGUGAGUGGAGCAGUGGAGUGGAGUUGAGUGGAAUUGAGUGGAGUUCAGGUCCUCACAGCUCCUAAGUGACUCCGGAUACAGAAUGGAUUACCGGCGGAUAAAACGAAUUGUAUUUGUCAUUUUAUUUAUGAACUGCGUAUUUAUUUCUCUUCAGAAUAAAGAAGUGGUGCUGCUGGACAUGAUGGCAUCCGGAGGAGAGUUGGGCUGGCUGACAUGGCCUGAUCAGAACGGGUGGGAGAUAGGCCAGCAGGCUGUUAAUGGCACUUUGCUCUAUAACUACUUUGUUUGCAAUGUGGAAGCACGAGAGCAGGACAACUGGCUGCGUACCACCUUCAUCCAGCGCCACCCCACUGCCACGCGGGUGUUUGUGGAGAUGCGUUUUCUUGUGCGUGACUGCAAUUCUUUCAACGCAGACUCACUUACCUGCAAAGAAACCUUCAACCUAUAUGCUUCUGAAGCUGAUGCCGACAUUGGCACUAGCUUCCGUAAGGGCCAGUUCCGCAAGGUCGCAACCAUUGCACCCGAUGAAAUCUCUGGCAUCGGGGAUAUGAGGAUCAACACAGAGACAAAGGUGGUGGAGAAUCUCUCUCACAAGGGCUUUUACUUGGCUUUCCAGGACAUUGGGGCUUGUGUUGCUAUCUAUUCUGUAAGGGUUUACUACAAAACAUGUCCUGCCACAGUGAAGAGCUUGGCAGCAUUCCCCGAGACAGUGGCGGUGGCAGGGGGCGAGAACCAGGCACUGCGGGAGGUGGCUGGGGUUUGUGUGGAAAAUGCUGAGAGCGAGAACCAACCACGCAUUUACUGCACUGUGGAUGGAGAAUGGGUGGUGCCCGUGGGCCAGUGCCAGUGCAGCCCUGGAUAUGAAGCCGUGGACGACACAUGCCAAGAGUGUAAGCCAGGUUUUUUUAAGGCCUCAGUGUUCAAUGAAGCUUGUGAACCAUGUCCAAAGAAUACCCACCCCUCGAGCCCUGGCGCUCUGAGCUGUCCCUGCCUGGAGGGGUUUUACCGAGCCCCAGAGGAUCCCAUGACAGCAGCAUGUUCAGGCUUACCUUCACCUCCUAAAUCGCUGGCUGCUACCACAGCCCAGAUGGCCACUGGCAAGCUGGAGUUGUCCUGGAGUCCCCCGGGAGACACAGGAGGACGCUCUGAUAUUACCUAUAGUGUGGUAUGUGAGUGCUGCGAGGGCAGUGUGUGUCAGCCCUGUGGAGAGAAGGUGCGUUACGAACCCAGCAAUACUGACAUAAGGGAGACCUCCGUGAUCGUUAGUGAGCUGGAGCCACAUCUGAACUACACAUUCACAGUGGAGGCUCGGAACGGGGUUUCCCAGUACAGCUCUGAGAGAUUCACCAGCACCAUCAGCACUGCACUGCACUACACAGACCCUCCAAGUGUGAUUGGAAUGCGCCUAGUAAAAAGGAGCGCUAAGAGCCUGUCAUUGUCUUGGUCCGUGUCUCGCAGAGCCAACCCCAGCACCAUCCACUAUAAGCUCAUGUACUGCGAGAAGGAUAAAGAUGAGGCGAAGACCGGUAAAACGUACACUGUGCUGGUCCUGGAGAAGAACUCUGUUCAGAUCGAUAACCUUUCUCCUUCCACAGUCUAUCUGUUUCAAGUCCAAGCUCUUAGCCCUGAAGGCAAUGUGGGCAGCAACAGUGUCGAGGAGGAGUUUUCAACACUGCCAGAAGUGGGGAACACAGCAGUGAUUCUUGGAGCAGUGGUGGGAGGAGGCGCCAUACUCUUCAUCGUGGUGGUGGUCCUGCUCCUGCGCAAACGCCGGAAAAACUCUCACACAAGGCAAGGACCAGAGGACGCCUACUUCUCCAGCUCAGAGCAACUGAAGCCUCUGAAGACUUACGUUGAUCCUCAUACAUACGAAGACCCCAACACAGCCGUGCUUAAGUUUGCCAGCGAGAUCCAUCCAAGUCACAUCACCAAGCAGAAAGUCAUAGGAGCAGGUGAGUUUGGAGAGGUUUACCGGGGCAUCCUGAAAGUUCCUGCACGCAAAGAGGUAGCGGUGGCCAUUAAAACGCUGAAGCCGGGCUAUACUGAGAAGCAGAGGCAGGACUUCCUGAGUGAGGCCAGCAUCAUGGGCCAAUUCUCCCACCAAAACAUUAUUCGCUUGGAGGGCGUGGUUACCAAAUUCAAACAUGCUAUGAUCAUUACCGAGUACAUGGAAAAUGGUGCAUUGGACAAAUAUCUGAGGGACCAUGAUGGGGAAAUGUCAUCCUUCCAGUUGGUUGGUAUGCUCCGUGGCAUUGCGGCCGGCAUGAAAUACCUCUCAGACAUGAGCUAUGUUCACAGAGACCUGGCUGCUCGGAACAUCCUGGUCAACUCCAACCUGGAGUGCAAAGUUUCCGACUUCGGUCUGUCUCGGGUUCUGGAGGACGACCCAGAGGGCACUUAUACCACUAGUGGAGGGAAAAUUCCCAUUCGCUGGACGGCUCCAGAGGCUAUUGCUUACAGGAAGUUCACAUCGGCCAGCGAUGUUUGGAGCUUUGGCAUAGUCAUGUGGGAGGUGAUGGCUUUUGGAGAGAGGCCCUACUGGGAUAUGAGCAACCACGAGGUGAUGAAGGCCAUUAAUGAAGGUUUCCGUCUGCCUGCUCCGAUGGACUGCCCCUCUGCCGUGUACCAGCUCAUGCUGCAGUGUUGGUUGCAGGAUCGCUCGAAAAGACCUCGCUUCCAGGACAUCCUCAGCCUCCUUGACAAGCUCCUCAAGAGUCCCGACUCCCUCAAGACCAUUGCGGACUUUGACCCCCGAGUUUCUAUCCGGCUUCCAAGCACCAGUGGCUCUGACGGGUCUCCCUUCAGAUCUGUGUCUGAAUGGCUGGAGUCUAUUAAGAUGAGUCAGUACAGUGAGAACUUCAGCAUGGCAGGCAUCGUCAGCAUGGAGCAGGUGCUGCAGAUGAAGAGCGAGGAUAUCCGUAAUAUUGGUGUACGUCUCCCGGGACACCUAAAAAGAAUCGCCUACAGUGUCUUGGGACUUAAGGACCAGACGAGUACCCUGAGUGUAUUUGCUGUGUGACGCACUCACUGAAUAUACAGAGCUCGCUACAGGGAAGGUUGAAACUCUCGAGCUGAUUGAGAAAACUCAGAACUGUAAGCUACCCUGGGCUUGGGCUGCAGGGACGGCCCUUCAACCUGGGCUCUACCACCCUCCAGCCUAACAAGACGGACUCUCAUCCUCAUGGAGCCUUGUAGCAAAUUUGAUAAAUGUUUCAAAAUUGGAGGGAAGAGCUAAAGUAAAAGCAUGCAAAUGACAUAUCAGUCAAAAUGUUUAUAUUGGAAAUGUAUUUUUAGAGCACAUUGGUUAGAAAUAAGUGGUCUUCAGUCUGGUUGGAGGUGACGAUUGCAGGACAGUCUAUGAAAAGGGGUAUACAACGCAGGACAUAAAGGGUUCUGUUGUAGUGUGGGCUGGCCAUUGGUUAUGAUGGUUCUAGGUUUGACAAAGUACAGUAAUGUUCAAAAUAGCUUUAAAUUUCUUUGCUUUCAAAGAAAUAGCAAAGUCUUAAACUUCACUGUGCUUUCAGCAAGCAUGAGCAAAAAUAGCACUUAAAUACAAAAUAUUUCAGUGGUUGAAUCGAUUCAGCUUAAAUGCUGGGCUUUUCUUUAUCCCAUGUUUCAUCUUGUGAUUAUAUUGAUAUGACAUUCAGUAAAAUAUUCUAGGUUAUAAUUUGACUGCAGUGUCAUGUCAGAUUGAAUCGCUCCUGUGUGCAUGAUGCGAGGGCCAAACUGCAAGAACUCUACAAGCAGUUGUAGUUGUAAUAUAUCUGAAUGAAAGAUCAAGUUGUAUUUUUGUAUUUUGUACUUUUUGGCACAUUCAUUUUUACUUUGCAUGAUAAUUAUAAUGCAGAUUUUUUUUUUCCAGGGUUUUUUAUGGAACCAACAGUUAUAGAAUGAAAUGCUUUAACAUGCAUUGACUACCUUGUGUAAGACUUUGCAAAACUUGUUUGGGUAAACCUUUGCUUUCCUUUAAUAGCUGGCCUUGUAGUGCCUCACUAAGGAGUUCUCUUAAUUCCUCAUAAAUCUAGACAUUGAAUGCAAAUGAAUUUAGAGAUGGAAAAUUUAGUUUUGUUGCUGUUUAAACUGCAAGUGUGAUAUCUGGAUACUCACACAAAAAGCAAAAGUGAUAGCAAUUUUAAAUUAAUUUUUUGAAAAAAAGUUCACGUUUGAUAUUCUCCUGUUUUGAUUUUACCCUUACAUUAAUGACGUUCACAAAAUAAAGGCAGUUAAAAAUAUACAAACCUCACACAUUGGCAUAUUCUCACUCUAAAAAUAAAAAUUUGGCCAACUUUUUUUGUUCCUUAUUUAAUAGUAUAUUUAUUUUUGUUUUAU